AUGGGUCAUGGUAUACAUCAUGGUAUACAUCCAUGGACCGCACGCGCCUUCGUUAUGAUGGCUACUAAGUUUUUUAAAGGUCUGACACGUCGAAAAACUGAUUCCGAUGGAUCUGGAAGUGAGAUGGCGAGGUGUUUAAACCUCUUGGACUUGACAGCUCUAGGUGUAGGAUCUACUCUAGGUCUUGGAGUGUACGUAUUGGCCGGAUCUGUCGCCAAAACCGUCGCCGGACCCGCAGUUUGUUUAUCCUUUCUAGUUGCGGCAGUCGCCAGCGCUUUCGCAGGAGUCUGUUAUGCGGAAUUUGCAGCUAGAGUGCCGAAAGCCGGCUCAGCUUACGUUUACAGCUACGUUAGUGUAGGGGAAUUCAUAGCUUUUGUUAUAGGAUGGAACUUAAUAUUGGAAUAUGUUAUUGGUACGGCUAGUGUGGCUCGUGGUUUAAGCAAUUACAUAGAUGCCCUGACUAAUAAUACUAUCAGGGACCAUUUUGAAGAAUGGGUCCCAAUGAAUGUUAACUACCUAAGCCCGUAUCCUGAUUUUCUUUCCUUCGGAUUGGUAUUACUUUUGACAUCCUCGCGUAUUCGAUACGAGAUCACAAGCGGUAACAUAGGUGGCGCCUUUGCCGUCAAAAACAUGACAGGUGCCAUCUAUGUAGCCGGCGCUCUGGAUUACGAAACAAGGAAAAGG